AUGUACUUCAUUUGCAAAAUCCAUAUCGCCGUGGCUCUUGGCUCUGUCUUUCCCUAUCUGGAACAUCUUGAGCUAUGUACAUGUUCUCCAGGAUGGGCUAAUCUUCUUGCUUCUAUACUCAAUGAUGCUCCAAGACUCCAAUCUCUCACGCUUAAGAUUAAGUCGAAUCAUAGUGCCCCUUUUAAUGAUCCAAUGAACCGUGAACGUUUGGAACGAGCCAGAAGUUGUUCCUGA